UCGUGUGUGUAGAGACGGGCAGCGUCCACAGUGAGUGGAGGUGGUUGCACGGGCGGAGGAGGUGGGUCAGCGGGAUAAUUUCCACACGAACCGGGACACCCUCACCGGCGAGGUGUCAGCAGUAAAUGAAGAUUGAAGACUUGUCGUCUUGUGUGGUGUGACAGUUUCCCUUUUAUUUGGAGCGUGUGCCGAUAAUGCUGCACCGUAAAACCUGAUGAAGUUCACCAGAGAUAUCUGCCGGUUGCUGGGCUUAGGAGGGGCGGGACCAUGUGAGGAGGAGAUGGAGGUUCAGCAUGGAGCGCCUGACUUGACAGACAGAAGAAAAGACCCAGGCUCAUCACAGCAGGCAAUGCUCAACAGUGAGGAGGGUUUGGAUGAAGAAGAGAGAACAAGAAGGAGAGCCGAGAGGAGGAGAGCUAAAAGGAAAAGGCAGAAAGAACGGAAGAAAUUGGAGAGGAUGGAGGAUGCUUUGGAACAGGAAGAGGAAGCGCCUGGAGCGGUGUCAGAGAGUGACAGCGAGGAGGAAUUGAAAAAGGAGGUGAAGGACUGGACCGCCGUUCGACCCAGAAACAAAUGCAACCCUGAAUCUGUCCCUGCCCCCGGGACAGCAGAGCACCAGAGCAACGGCCAGCUGCUCCACAGGCCGUCGGAGGAGGAGCCGGAGUGGGAUGUCAGCAGUGCAUUUGUGGCCAAUGCUGCCAGCCAUAUCAAAGUCAAAGCUCUUAAGAACAGAGCGAUACUGAUGUCCAGAGAGAACAAAGAGAACGAGGCCAGGAGCAGCCAGGUGGAAAGCACAGAAGAAAUGAAGAGAAGGGGGGAGUCUCUGACAGUGCAGGGCAUUCAGAUGUUUGAGCAAGGCCGGUACAGCCAGGCCGUGGACAUGUUUACAGAAGCCAUCUUCUGCGACCCGAGGGACCACAGGUUCUAUGGAAAUCGCUCGCACUGCUAUUGGGUUCUGGAGCAGUACUCCUCCGCCCUUACGGACGCUCAGAGGUCCAUUCAGCUGGCUCCUGAUUGGCCAAAGGGAUACUUCCGUAAGGGGUGUGCUCUCAUGGGGUUAAAGCGGUACAGUGAGGCGGAGGCAGCCAUAGAGCAGGUGUUGAAGUUGGAUCAGCACUGUAAGGAAGCAUCCAGUAAACUCUUUACCUGCCGGCUCCUGCAGCUCAUGGAGUUGGGUUUUGAGGAAGAGCAGAGUAAACUGCUGCUGGAGAGGUUCACCACCGUUCAGGCGGUCACCACCUCACCCGAGGCCAAAACACUAAAGCACACAUCUCAGCAGGACCAGAGUGGGAGCUGUCGCUCUCUGUGGGUUGGGAACAUUACGGUGGAGGUUACAGAGACAGACCUCUGGGAUCUCUUCAAAAUGUUUGGUGACAUAGAGAGCAUCAGAGUUCUUCAUGAGCGUUUCUGUGCCUUCGUCAACUUCAAGAAUGCCAACAUGGCUGCUAAAGCCCUGGAUAAGCUGCAGGGGGUGGAGCUGGGCAGCAGCAAACUGGUGAUGAGGUAUCCUGAUCGUUGGAUCCAGCGCCCCCUGCCGCCCAUUCAAAAGAACAACACCAGCCUCAGCUCCAACGCUGCAGGAGCACUGCUGAGCUCAGCUGCUAUAGGGUCCAGACGGUGUGUACCUAUAUAUGGAGACGAGUGCUUCUACUGGCGGACCACGGGCUGUUUCUAUGGCGACAAGUGCCGCUUCAAACACAUACCAGAUCAACAAGGUCAAGACAAUAAACCAUGGCAACCAUAACUGCGUCCCCUGCCCUCCUAACCCCAGCAUCCGGACACCUUAAUUGAGGAUUUACACUGGGAGGGGGAACAAUAAGGACAGUGAGCAGAGUGGACGCGUGCGUGCGUGCGUGCGUGUGAGAUAAAGAGAGUCAGAUAUGGUAUGUAUGUGAUAACCAAAGUCAGAGGUUGGGUCUCUGUCACGAUGAGGUCAGAACGUCCAGAGCCCUAACCUCAGAAAGACACUUAAAGAAUCAAUUCCCAUGAUAACGCAAAACUGAUGUAAAGAAGUCCUCUAAGGUUUUUAAAUCAUUUGAAGCAAAGGUAAGAGUCUCUUGGCUCCAUUUGGAUCCUAUAAGGUUUGUGCGUGAAGAUCUCUGCUCUAUGGGAAGUCAUCAAAAGGAUUUACUUGGACGAAUACGUUUGGUUGUGCCGUAUCGGAAACACUUAUCAAAACUCAAGCUCUGAGAGAAACUUUAUGUCUGUAAAGGUCCAAUGUAUGGAAUUUCUUCCAUCUAGCAUUGAGAUACUGUAUAUUGCAAUCAACUCUCUCCCGCCACACAGUUCAAAGUACGUAUUACAACUACAGUAGCCUCCACGCUUCAUAGAGACGGUCUUUUACUAUUUACAAUAUCCUGUUGAAUAAUAUCCUUUUUCUUUUUCUGGGCGAAGAGGACGACUCCUGUUCCUGCAAUUUCCAUUUUGAAUGUGCAUGGAUGUAUUAAGAGAACGUGUGGUCCUCCAGGUUUCCUUCUUCAAACUUUCCAGGGCGGGUAAGCGAUGAUGACAAGCAGCACCUGUGACUUUAUCUUGUGACUGCGAAAACGCGGAAGGCGGACCAAUAUGUCCUGUAUGUCCCUUACCGGCUAAUGUAUUUGAAGAUGGCGCAUGGAUAUGGAGCGUCUACCCCAGUUAAUGCAAAUGGGAAUGUACAAUUUCAAGCCAAAAGGAAUACCUGGAGUUGAUGGUGGUGGUAAAUAUUCAUGAAAAAGGACAUGUUUGUGAACGGGCAACAUCGAUUUUAGUAAUGACCAACUAAAAACGUUACACGCUGGGCUUUUAACACUGCUCUUGGAUUGCAUUAAAGUCCAGAGUUAUUUUUCACAAUUUUUAAAGAGCAUUUAAAAUGUAUAAAUAUUUGGAAAAAAUAAUAAAUCAACUAAAUUAAACAAAUUAAAAUGUUUUUUGUGUUUACUCAACACCUUCAACCAGUUAGCUCUUCAAAUCCCAACUAACACAUUAGAAAUGAUAAAAAUUCAAAUGUUGCCUUUGCUUUUAGAGAACUAUCACAAGCUGGAUGACUGAGAACCUUCACAGGCAAAUGAUGUUAGGAUUUGACACUAUACAUACAACUUAAUUAAAUUGUUGAAUAGUUCAAUUUCAAGGUGAACUGUAAAUCUGGAUAAUCCAUUUGAAAUUGUGGACAUUGGAUCUUUCCAUACCACUUGAUGUCUCCUAUGGUUUAACCCAGUCCUAUUCUAUAAAUAAUUGGCUGUUUUUGGGACUGAUGGCAUGCUACUAAAUAGGCCUGGGUGAUAAAUUGUUCUAAAAUUGCGUUCUCGAUUCAGCCCUGUUUGCAAGUGUAAUAUUUAAAUAACAAACUUAUUUUCAAUUCUCAUUUGAUUUGACAAAAUAAACGCUACUACUUUU